AUGCGGCACAGUACCGCGAAGUCGCUGCUGUACGCAAGCGAGUGCAGCACUCGUGGCGGCCGCAUCGUUGAUGCUGCGGCCGUCGCGACGCUGUUGGUGUCGGAAAAAUCGCUGCGCGACUCGUGCCGCUCAUUCUGCCACUUGAACGCGAGGGGGUUACACGGCACGAGAUUAUCCGGCAGUGCUGGCAGCGACGCCGCGCAACUGCCGUCAACAACAGCGUCCGCGUCGGGCUCGACCUCCACAAGCUGCAGCAGCCGCAAUAAAUCAAAGAUGCCCUCCUGCGUGGCGAUGCUCCACAGCAGAGGCACCACCUCGCCGCCCUCCAGCUGCUCCACGCGCCAUGUGGCACUGUGCCACACGCCGUCAGCGCCACGCAGCGGGCCGAUGGACCCACGGACAAUCGACAGCAGCACGUGGAUCAGCUGCCUGCACGCCCGCUGCGCCUCAUAG